GGAAGUGACGUAGAAAGCGGCGGUUCGGCCCGGGGGUCGCUAUCUAGACGCAGGCCGUCAUGUUAUCUCUGGCACGGCUGGCGCCUUUGGUUCGCGUUGGAGGCCGUCUUUUCAGAGGCUGCGGCGACCGUACAGCUGGAGGCGGUGGAAUCCGUCAUGCUAGUGGUGGUGCACAUAUAGAGCCUCGUUAUAGACAAUUUCCUCAGCUGACUAGAUCUCAGGUGAUUCAGGCUGAGUUCUUCAGCGCAACCAUGUGGUUUUGGAUUCUCUGGCGUUUUUGGCAUGAUUCAGAUGCUGUGCUGGGUCACUUUCCAUAUCCAGAUCCUUCUCAAUGGACAGAUGAAGAACUAGGUAUUCCUCCUGAUGAUGAAGACUGAAAAUGUAGACUCAACUCUUUACAAGAGCCAAGUGAGAACAUCAAGAAACAAAAGACUUCAUAUUGUAAAUAAAAAUCAUAAAGUGAUUUGGUCAAGAAUGAGGAACUGAGUUAUGGGUAUUUCUGGUAAUGACAACCCCCUUUGUGGAUUAUUUCCUGUGUUCCAACUGAUGUGUUAAGUGAUACCCUUUUCAUUAGAUUCUCUUGGGUACCACAUGUUGUAGGUAGGCGUUAGCUCCAUCUACCAAUGAGGACUUUGAGACUCAAGAAUAUGAAGUAACUUGCUUAGGGUCACACAACUGGUGUGUGAGUUUAGUUCUGAUUCCAAGAAUGCUAUACUGCCUAUUUAGCUAGUAUUUUAGUCAUAUGCAUAUUCUCAGUGUGAAAACUCUUUCCAUGGAGGAAUGGGAAACAAGGUUGACAAAGGAUUUUUCAAUUCUUCUAAAAUUUGUUUCAAACUAUUUUCCAACUUUCUGAGACAACAGUUUUGAAAGUAGAUAGGACAGGAUUUUCCUCCAUCCACAUAUAAAAAACUGUGGUAAAGAAUGGCUUAAUGACUUGCCCCAAAGCACAACUAUUCAUUUCUUUUUAACUUAGACAUCUCACCUACACAUUGGGAAUACAGAACUAAAGAAGACGGAUAAGAUUCUGCUGUUAGAGAACUUACAUUUCAGAAAGGAAAAACAGACAAUAGGCAAAUAAAUACAUAAGAUUUACUAAUAAGUGCUAUGAAGGAAAUAACAUUAGGUGAUAGGCUAGAGGUGGGUGGAAGUAGGGGUGUUAAUCUUUUGGGUGGUCAGGGAAGGCCUCUGAACGGAAACCUGAACAAUUGGGAGGAACCAGUUGUGUGAAGGUCUGAGGAAAGAGUGUUCCAGGGACCAGAAGCAGCAAGAACAAAGGUUUUAAGAUGGGAACUAGGUUGCUAUGUUUAAGAAACAAGUCCAGUGAGGGAGAGGAUGGUACUAGCUGAGGUUAGCAGGUCAUGGUCGAAGGUUUAGAUUUUAUGUUAAUGCAGCGUGAAGUCUCUGGCCUGCUUUAAGCAGGAGUGGGAUAGGAUGUGAUUUCCUAAUACUCAGAUUUUCACUUCAUUUGGUGCUCUUCAGUUGUUACAAAGUGGGUAUAAUGGUGGCAAAAGCUGAAGCAAGUGGUACAGUUUCACCCCUCUCUUACUGUCAGGUCCAGUAGUCCUGCACCUGUUCCAAGGGGGUGCUGGAGACACUUACCCUUGGCUUGCUGUUUACUCGCCUAUAUAAGGGUGACGUCUCAGCUGAUAUUAAAGUCUUUACUAUAAGAUCAUCAGGUCUCUUCACACUUUUUAGGUCUCAUUUUUGUUGUUUCCUCUCCCUCUACUAUAUAAAGUUUUUAUUUUGAAAGAAUAUAACCCAUAAUAGUGAACUCAUAACCCUGUUAGCUCUUUUCCUUAGACAUCAAUCAGAAUUGAAGUAAAAGAUACCUUUUAAAAGCAGCAUUCUUUAAACUCAGUUCACCUGGCUUCCAUAAACUGGAAUCUUCUUUUCCAUGCUUAUGAAACCAACUUGAGCUGGUGCAGUAAAUUGUUCCCAGCCUUCUCUCAAAGGAAUGGGCCUCUUUCCUGCUGUGUAGCAUAUGUGAAAACACUUAAGUGGGAGAGGGCCCCAAAGAGAAGCUAAGUAGAACAUUUGAUUGAUGGCUAUAUCUAAAGGAAAUAAUAUCUAAAACUUUUUUAUGGGUCAGGUGCUGUUUUAAACACUUCACAUGUGUUCACUUAUUAAAUUCUCAUAUUCUAUUAUUUCUAUUUUAUAGAUAAGGAAGUUGAACUAUAGAUAGGUUAGAUAAUUUACCCAAAUUCAUACCGCAAGGUAUUGGGACAGCUGAGGUUCAAAAACUGGCUGUCUGGCUCUAGGUCAAGUCAGAUUGAGAAUAAAGCACUGUGUAAACCUUUUUCUUUAUGCACUAUCAUUUUCUGAGUCUAGGAGAACUAUAUGACCCAGACAUUAGGUCCAAUUAUUAUCACAGCACCUGAUAAAAUUCCAGAAGCACUAAUGUGGUAGGUUUUAUAACAGAAUUUGAUCACAGUAACAAAGGCAUUCAUAAUUCUGUGCUAAAUUUUAAACAACUCUAUUAUAGAAUAAAUACCUUCUUAAAAAAUAAGGGCACAAUUACUGUCGCAUUUAUGUAUGAAGGUUAUUUUAAAAAUAAGUUUCUAUCCACGUUUAUAUUUUUUACAUGAUCAAAAUGCAGUUCAAAGAAAAUUUUAAGUCUCAAUAACAUUUUACAGUUAAUUCAAGAGGCAUGAGGACCAGAAACCAGAUUCCCCAAAUGUCCUCUUGAAGAUUUCUCUAUUGUUCUCUCAGACGAUUUCUGGUGAUGUUUUAAAACAGUGUUUACCUGUCUUCUGGAAACUUUACCCCAGUAUUUUGGUAUAUUUUGUCUGAAGAUGUAAGUGCUUUUUAAACUUCAGGUCACAACAUCAAAUGCAAGAAAUGAAUUCUAUGGGAGUAACCAGCACUUUGAAAAAACAAAAUAGAAUAGGAAACGAAUGCAUAGUUUCAAAUAUAUAUAUGUUUAUGUGUAUAUUUUGUGUGUCACCAUAGAAAAUGUAUUGUGAAUUGUGUCAAAAAAGUUUGAAAAUUACAAUUCAAAGGUGAACUACAGAUACAUUCUGUAAAUUACUUAAUUACAGCACAGAUUUCAUCUGAAACACAAGGAGAAGAGCAAUCAUUUUAAACUAAAAAUACAUUGGUUCACAACAUCACAAAAUACUUGAAGGUCAUCACCUGACAAAAAUUUGGUUACAAGUAGUAAAGCAUGUUUAAUGUGCCAGGCAUUAAUCUUGGCAACUAACUUUAAAAUACUCCUCAUAUAAAUAACCAACAAGCACUAAACAUGUAUGAAACAAAAUGUACAUUUCUCAGUCCCUCCAUUGCCUGGAAGAACCAUCAAAACCCCUGUUUCUGUUAUUGAAUGUGAUAGUACUAGAAAAAUAAUCUUGAUAAAGAGUACUCCAUGCAGUCAAUCUUUAUUAUAGCAGUAUUCGCAUAUUCACAUCAAGUACAUAGAACUUUUUUACCUUUUAUAUAAUACAGAGUUUUUAAAUAACUUUACACAGAAAUAAAUUCUUCAAUCUGAA